GUUUUUAAAAAGUAUGUCUGGUGAUUGUUCUGUUUCGGAUCACUGUGACAAUUCGGUAGCCAUCUAUGAGGCGAAUGAAGAUGACUUGGAGACAAUGGAAACAGAAACAAUAGUUGAAGAAUUUGUGAGGCUGAAGUUAAAACAAAACACUGGCAUCAUUCAACGUCGACGAACCUCGACUGAUAUGGAAACGCAAGCUCUCAUUGGUCGACUUAUAGAAAUAUCAAAUGAACUGGAGGCUCAGUAUGGUGAACGUUUGAAUCGAGACGCUGAAAUGUGGAUAAAGUCGGCUACUUAUGACAAAUUCCUGCAGAUUGCGAAGGGAGUCUUUUCAGACGGAGUUAUUAACUGGUCACGCAUAGUAGUACUGUUCAUGUUUGCUGUCAAAGUGGUGUUCAAUGCAGUCUCACAAGGCUUUAGUGGUCUUGCCGGAGAUGUGAUACGCUUUGUUGUCAAAUUCAUUUUUAUUCAUGGUAUAUACAAAUGGAUACAAAGUCAUGGUGGUUGGGUGGCUGUUCUACGCGAGUAUACGCCACAUUCUAAUUCAAGUGGUCUGAUCGUAUUCGGCCUUACUCUUCUGAUUGUUUGCUUAUUGUUAUCAAGGAAGAUUUAGUUGACAUUCCUAUGUGUGUGUUAUCUUCUUUAUGAAUUGUCGUUAAACCAUGGUUUGCACAACGGCUCACAUACGAACACUGAUUAACACAGUACGCCAGUGAUACGCGUGUACAUUUACAUGACAAAUUCAUUCAAAAUGGGAACAGGAAUUUUAUCGAUUUGAAGAGUUUUCACUCUCCCUUUUUUCCUCCUUUACACGCGAAAAGCAAAAUAUGAAAUAAGCAUUUCAAGUUUACUAUUGUUAUUAUUAUUAUUGUUAUUAUGAUCAUGAUUUGAUGGUCAAGCAUAACAGUCCAUGAAGAUUAUACAUAUCCAUGUGUUGUUGCAAUCCCCCUUCUACCUGUUUAUCCAUACACCUAGGCAUAUUCUCUUAUCUCUAUAUAACUAAUUCUCUCCUGCACAGUUAUCGACUGCACCAGCUGUUUGUUAGAUUAAGGGUGUUCUUACCUUGCUUAUGCGUGUCUAUUCGUGCCGCUUUGGUUGCACUAGUCAGUUUUGCUCACACUUCUUCUACGUUUUUUUUUCUUCUCCGUUCGUUCAAUGAUGCGAGACGAGUUCAGUUUUUGUGUAUAUUUUUCAAACACUGUCAACUUUACGUGCCUUGUUUACAUGUGAUCACCAUUGUUCAGGAAUUUUGUCUUUUUUUUCCUAAUGUUUUGUAUCGAAUGGGUGCUGCAUUAUUGGUCUGUAACUGUCUAUUUAUUUCCUAGUGAAUGUCCUAGUCCUCCUCCUCCUCCUCCCGACCUACAUUUGCAAAUUUGUAAUUUUUACUGAAAUUUCCCCUUAGUAUUGUUGUUUAUCCAACACGUUUUACCAAUUUUCGCUGUGAAACGAAAAAACAUUUUUUCUAUUUCAUCUAACACUUUCUACAAUGUGUUUUCCCUUUUCUUUUGUAUUCUGUGUAAAUUAUAAUUACAUUGUAUAUAUAUAACAUUAUAAAUUGUUCGUUGGAACGGAGGUAGCUUGAUGCUGUGUUCCUUGUUGUAUUAAUUGUUGACACACGUCAGCCGGUAUUGCGAAAUAAACGUUCCAAAGCAUUGUGCUGCGUUAUGACAACCUG